AUGGCAGUCCCUACCCACUCCGGAGGAGGCAUUGCUUCAGCAGAAGAUGACACAGCUUUCCUCGAGCAAUCAUUCUUGACGUACACGGUUCCCUUGAGGACAGAUCUCGACAUAGAAGAAGAGAUCAGGACCGCAAUCUCUAAGGAACAGCCACUGGAGGAUUUAGAGAAUCGGCCAUGGCUCUUCUUUGAUGAAACUGUCGAGGUCUUUAUAAUACUUCGCACCCAUAACCUGACCGACGAUCUGUUGACCACCUAUCUGAAGAGACUUGUGCUUUCUCUGCAGGCGCAAAUAGUAAACAGCCCUACGCCAGACCGAGCCGAACUUGCGCCUUCGUCAGAGGUGGUAUAUAACGGGGAUAUCGAAGAUGUGGAAACCCCUCUGACUGUCGUGACCGGCGAGGGCGACGAUGACACGGCGGCUGGAACCAAAUAUGUCGUAUGGAAGGCGUCCGCCUUCCUGACGCGACCACGAAUGCGACUAUACGGGCCGUCUGUUGUGUUUUCUGCCACUGCGAGUUUGAAGCCCAUUCCAGAACACCCAGGUGGUCAGCAGGACGGUUACCUGGAGAGCGGCGUACCGUCGGGGCUGAACCUGCUCGGGUCCUUUGCCGGAGAUCCUCUCUUAGGUGGUGUUAAGCCUCAGUUGUCUGCUGUUCGAGUCUCUCGUGUCGCACCAGUGACUCAAUCCAAGGACUCAUUCCCAAUCCUCAAGGGUCAGCCUCGAAUAUCUCAGCAAAUAUAUCCCGCUGCACACACUCGCGUGCGCUUCGCGCGGCCAAACACCAUACCGCCUAGUCCGGCGAUCAUAGCCCUACUGGAGAUCGACUUCACCCCUUACUUCGAUUGCGAGGUCGCCGUGGACAAAGUCGAACUCUCAAUGCCUGAAGGUGAAAUCGAAGACCUGAAUAACAUAUCCGGGCUAUCGCUCCCACUGAACUGUGUGGCGCAUGAUCAUAUUACCCUCAUGUACCGGCUUGCACCCCAGGAGAGUGACGUGCCAUCGAAAAGCCCGACGCGCGAACUCCAUAUAUCAAUAGAGUGUACCGCUCUCGUUCGGGCAGGGAUUUGUACUCCCAAACUACGUAUGGCGUGGUCUACAAUUUUGGACUUCACACUCCCUGUCAAUCCUGGCUUCGGUUCGGGUGUCAACAAGCCUUUCCAGCGGGCUCACAAGCCUGCUCAGCUCUCCAUCAGCGACGGGACAAGCUUUGUCUCACCUUCGGUAUCCAGGCCCGAUUCUCUGCCAGGUCUCGAGGCCCUCGCAGAGCGCUCGACCGAGGCCCACAUCCCAGAAUUCGGGAUAACCAUGACCUUUACCGCGCCGGACGGACCAAUCUACCCAGGUGAUGAGUUCGUCUGGAAUGUAUUCGUCGUCAACCGCAAUUCCGCUGCGGUCAACCCUAGCCGACCCCCGUCAGAGAUCAUCCCAGCAGCGCGCAAGCUUGCGCUCCUCGCCAUCCCCAGACGGCGCAGGAACGACAUGCGCGUGAUACGGCCACCGUCCACAGCAGGUCGAGACCAUCUCCUUGCGCGUCGCAAGUCCGCCAUCGCCGCCGCAAUCGGCGAGGGCCCCGAGGCGGAGAUCGCGGAUGCGGUACUGGACGAGAAUAUCGUGCACGCGAUGCAGCGGAGCAGCCUGGUGGACAGCACUGAGGUAGUCUGCCUCUCUGCGGAUGUGCGCGUAGGCCCCCUGGCGCCGAACGCGUGUCACGUUGUCGAGCUACGCUUCCUGGCGCUGAAGGAGGGGAUUGUGGGCGUCGAGUGCAUCCGAGUGGUAGACUUGGGGAACCAGGAGCAUGUUGACAUUCGAGACCUUCCGGUCAUGGUUGUCGAGAGGCGCAAAGACCGAUAG